CCCGGCGGGCGGGCGAUGUGGGGUGCCCCGGGUGUUGGGGGGGCUCCGGCGGCGACGGGGCGCCGCGGGGGGAGUUUCGCUGGGUUUCAAACUGCCGGCGCGGCUGCGGGGGGUGCUGGCUCGGCAGAGCGCUCGGCAGACUGCUCUGGGGAGCAUGGGAGACAAGUUGGGACGGCCUGUCAGGGCGGCAGGCUCCUGCUUGCGCCCAAAUUUGAUGAAAAGGAAAAUGUAUCAAACUGCAUCCAGUUGAAGACUUCAGUUAUUAAAGGUAUUAAGAACCAGCUGAUAGACCAAUUUCCUGUUAUUGAACCAUGGCUGAACCAAAUUAUGCCGAAGAAAGACCCUGUCAAAAUAGUACGAUGUCAUGAGCAUAUAGAAAUCCUCACCGUGAAUGGGGAGUUGCUGUUCUUCAGACAAAGAGAAGGGAUUUUUUACCCAACGCUAAGGUUGCUUCACAAAUAUCCAUUUAUUCUACCACAUCAGCAGGUUGAUAAAGGAGCCAUUAAAUUUGUACUAAGUGGAGCUAAUAUAAUGUGCCCUGGCCUGACAUCUCCUGGAGCCAAACUUUACCCUGCUGCGGUUGAUACUGUUGUUGCAAUAAUGGCAGAGGGAAAGCAACAUGCAUUAUGUGUGGGAGUAAUGAAGAUGUCAGCUGAGGACAUUGAGAAGGUCAACAAAGGGAUUGGCAUCGAAAAUAUCCACUAUUUAAAUGAUGGUCUUUGGCAUAUGAAGACAUACAAGUGAAACAAACGGAACUGUGUUACUCCAAGGGAAUGCACUUAGGUUAAAUGUGGACUGCUUUGUAAUUCCUUGUUUUUAAUGUGACUGAAUGUACAAAUUAUUUUGUUCUGUGGCUAUGCUAAAAUAAAUCAAAUGAAUGCGAAA